UGCGCUCAUCCCGCGGUGGCGGAGACGGCGACGGCGGCAACGGCAACGGCAGCGGCGGCUGGGGCGCGGGGCAUGGUACUCGGGUCGGAGGGCCCGGCGCGCGCCGGGGGCCUCGUAGCUGACGUGGUGUUUGUGAUUGAGGGCACAGCUAACCUGGGGCCCUACUUCGAGGGGCUUCGAAAGCACUACCUGCUCCCCGCCAUCGAGUAUUUUAAUGGUGGUCCUCCUGCGGAGACCGACUUCGGGGGAGACUAUGGGGGGACCCAGUACAGCCUCGUGGUGUUCAACACGGUGGACUGCGCUCCAGAGUCCUACGUACAAUGUCACGCUCCUACCAGCAGCGCCUAUGAGUUUGUCACCUGGCUGGAUGGCAUUAAGUUCAUGGGCGGGGGUGGUGAGAGCUGCAGCCUCAUCGCAGAAGGUCUCAGCACAGCCCUGCAGCUGUUUGAUGACUUCAAGAAGAUGCGGGAGCAGAUCGGCCAGACACACCGCGUCUGCCUCCUCAUCUGUAACUCGCCCCCGUACCUGCUGCCUGCGGUGGAGAGCACCACCUACUCGGGGUGCACGACCGAGAGUCUCGUGCAGAAGAUUGGGGAGCGAGGGAUCUACUUCUCCAUCGUGUCGCCCCGGAAGCUGCCCGCCCUGCGGCUCCUGUUCGAGAAGGCGGCUCCUCCAGCCAUGCUGGAGCCGCUGCAGCCACCGGCAGAUGUGAGCCAGGACCCGCGGCACAUGGUGCUGGUUCGGGGCCUUGUGCUGCCAGUCGGCGGUGGCUCAGCCCCAGGCCCCCUCCAGCCAAAGCAGCCUGUGCCCCUGCCUCCCGCUCCACCCUCGGGUGCCACGCUCUCGGCAGCCCCCCAGCAGCCUCUUCCCCCUGUCCCCCAGCAGUACCAGGUCCCUGGGAACCUGAGUGCCGCCCAGGUGGCUGCCCAGAACGCAGUGGAGGCCGCCAAGAACCAGAAGGCCGGGCUGGGCCCUCGCUUCUCGCCUAUCAACCCUCUUCAGCAAGCUGCUCCAGGAGUGGGUUCCCCCUACAGCCAGGCCCAGGCCCCCCCAAUGCCCCCAGGGGCCCCCGGCGCCUCCAAGCCACCUCCGGCUUCCCAGCCCAGCCUGGUCUCCACUGUGGCCCCUGGCCUGGCCCCCUCUGCGCAGCCGGGAGCACCAUCCAUGGCGGGCACUGUGGCCCCAGGCGGGGUGAGUGGCCCUUCUGCUGCCCAGCUAGGGGCCCCAGCCCUCGGUGGGCAGCAGUCAGUCUCCAACAAACUUCUGGCCUGGAGCGGGGUCCUUGAGUGGCAAGAGAAGCCCAAGCCUGCCUCUGUGGACGCUAACACCAAGCUGACUCGCUCGCUGCCUUGUCAGGUCUACGUGAAUCACGGCGAGAACCUGAAGACGGAGCAGUGGCCCCAGAAGCUGAUCAUGCAGCUCAUCCCCCAGCAGCUGCUGACCACGCUGGGCCCCCUGUUCCGCAACUCGAGGAUGGUGCAGUUCCACUUCACCAACAAGGACCUGGACUCGCUCAAAGGCCUCUACCGCAUCAUGGGCAACGGCUUCGCGGGCUGCGUGCACUUUCCCCACACGGCCCCCUGCGAGGUGCGCGUGCUCAUGCUCCUGUACUCGUCCAAGAAGAAGAUCUUCAUGGGCCUCAUCCCCUACGACCAGAGCGGCUUCGUCAAUGGCAUCCGGCAGGUCAUCACCAACCACAAGCAAGUCCAGCAGCAGAAGCUGGAGCAGCAGCGUGGGAUGGGGGCACAGCAGGCGCCCCCAGGGCUGGGCCCCAUUCUGGAAGACCAGGCCAGGCCCUCGCAGAAUCUGCUCCAACUCCGCCCGCCGCAGCCCCAGCCUCAGGGUGCCGUGGGGGCCUCUGCAGCCACGGGGCAGCCCCAGCCCCAAGGUACUGCCCAGGCCCCCCCAGGUGCCCCACAAGGCCCCCCUGGAGCGGCCCCUGGCCCACCCCCGCCCGGACCCAUCCUUCGGCCCCAGAACCCUGGGGCCAACCCCCAGCUGCGGAGCCUUCUCCUCAACCCGCCACCGCCCCAGACUGGGGUUCCCCCACCCCAGGCCUCCCUGCACCACCUCCAGCCACCAGGGGCCCCUGCACUGCUGCCCCCACCGCACCAGGGCCUGGGGCAGCCCCAGCUGGGGCCCCCGCUCCUGCACCCACCACCCGCUCAGUCUUGGCCGGCACAGCUUCCCCCAAGGGCUCCACUGCCAGUGGCAAAACGAAAGCGAGAACGAGAGGGCCACGUGUUUCGAGAGAAAUGGGAGCGAGCCUAUUUCUUUGUGGAGGUGAAGAGCCUGCCCACGUGCUUAAUAUGCAAAAAAAUCGUGUCUGUGUUGAAAGAGUACAACCUGCGGCGCCACUAUGAAUCCAAACACAGUAAGAGCUUCGACCAGUACACGGAGCAGACGCGGGACGCCAUCCUCAGUGAGCUGAAGAAGGGCCUCAAGUGCCAGUAGGGUGGCGCUGGCGCAGCCAGUGGCGCCCCAGAGGAGUCCCACCUCCCAACGGCGAGCCUGCGAGGAGCGGAGGCGCUGCAUCCCGCCCGCCCACGAACCACGUCUGCCUGGACCUUCGCUUGCGUCCAGCAGGUGUUCGUGUCGCGCCGGGAGGUGAAGAGAAGCCCAGAGAUCAACAGGCGCCGUGGCUUGAGGAGCCACAUCUGUCGUGACCUUUUCUGUCGCUGCCCACGAACUCUGACCGCCCAGUCAGCUUUAUUUAUUUGUGAUGUGGAGACUCUCGACGUGACCGAAGAAGCCUGUGACGCGGUGCCCAGGGCAGGCCCGAUGCUGGCAGGUGACCGGCUUUCUGUGUGUGGAGAGAAACACGCAGCUUCGUGUAGGCUGGUCGGACCCCCUGAGCACAGCUCCUGGCCGUGGGGGGCAAUCCGUCAGUCGGCGUCCCGGGAGACCCCCGGCAGGUGCCUGGGUCCCAGGUGGCAUCACUGGCCAGAGCUCAAGCCAGGUUGCCUCCAUCACCAGGCCUCGACCUGCGCUCAAGAGAGCCAGUGGACACACAAUGCGACGGGCGAGACUCGCCUCUGGACCUUCACCACAGGCAGGCUGGUGACGAACUUGACCCCGCGUGUCCAUAGCAGCCCAGUGACCUAGUCGUCCCAGGACGCGGAGCCCCUGUCUGAACUGCUGGCAGGCAGUCUACUCGGUUCGCUGCAGAUGACGCCGAAGCCACCCCUCCGUCCCCCCGGGAAGGUCGGUCAGAGACCCUCCUGGACACGCUCUGCUCCGCGGGGCUGUUCACAAACAGCUGCUCGAAUGUGUGGCCGUGUGUGCCCCAUCCCGGCAGAAACGGGGAGGCCUUGGGCGAGGAGUCUCCAGACCCCCUUCCCUUCGCCGCAGUUGGUUUCCGGAAACGAAGUCCUGGUCGGGACCACAUGCACCCAGCUCGUGGGGUUCAAGACCAAACGUCCCUCGAGGCGCUCUGCACUCAGACGUGAUAGAAACGCACUGACACUGUCCCACUGGCCUCCCUCGGUGGACGUUGAUCGUGUGACCGCUGACCGUGAACAGCAGCUCCUGAGCAGGCGCCCCUGCUCUCCGGGAGCUGUCCUGACUCUCCAAGGUGGGACGCAGCCACGCUUGUGAACCGCCGUUUUCCGUUACCAAACCCAAGCAGAUUAAAUCCCACUCCCGGCUUCAGGAGCCAAGGAGGAAUUCUCAGCCGCCCAUCCCAGCGUGCGCUCCAAGGCCCGAACCUCGACCUCUGGAUGCAGCAGCAAUGAGGUCCGCCUCCCGGCCUCACGUCCAAGGAGCAGAAGAAUGAUGAAAGAGAAAAAAAUUUUAAUAAGCAAAUCUAUUUUUCAAUGUAUUUUUUCAAUUUUGGAUUUGAAGUAUAAACGCCAGUAUCACACAUGUUUGUAUUAUGUUCCGUGCAUUCACCAGAGUUGAGUAAAAAUUCCAUUUGAUUAUA